UCAUUUGCCUAUGGGGAUUAUUAUCUGCAAUUUUGUUAUCUAAACCUUGUACACUGAUCUAAACGUAAUCAAUUAACAAAUAAAGAUAUACAAUUUAUUAAUUGAGGCCGUAAUUGUAACAAAUCCCGCUAUUCUUUAUCAAUUAAGGGGAAACUGUGGAUUUUUAGAAUAAGAACUUCCUCAGAACAUUAAAAAUGACUGAAGUGCUAAAGACAGUUUUAAGUUACUUUCUUUCAGAGGAAUGUAUUGAAACAUACCUGGUUUUUCACGACUUCACCGAUGGAACAUGUUUUAAAUCACUGUUGAGCAAAUGUCUUGGAUAUGCAAUAAUCGCUGGGUCUAUUUUGGUUAAAAUACCCCAGGUUUUGAAAUUGAUCAAAAACAAAUCUGGUGAGGGUAUUAAUUUGAUAAGUGUACUUUUGGACCUUACAGCCAUAACAUCGCAUAUGUCGUACAACUAUGUUAAGGGUUAUCCAUUUAGCGCUUGGGGCGAUAAUACAUUUCUGGCCCUGCAAACUGCUGCUAUCGGUGCUUUAGUUCUUUUCUAUGGUGGCUCAAAGGGAUUAUCCUUGAUCUUCUGCAUUUUAUAUACGCUGGCUGUGUACGUACUCAAUUGCGGCCUAACUCCAAUUAAUGUAUUGCUGGUAGCACAAGCAUUUAAUAUACCUAUACUACUUCUGGGUAAACUCUCACAGGCGUGGACAAAUUACAAGAAUAGUUCUACAGGACAGUUGUCCGCAGCAACUGUGUUCUUGUUAUUUGCUGGUUCAUUAGCGCGCAUUUUUACAUCUGCACAAGAGACUGGAGAUUCUAUGAUAAUUGCAACAUUUUGUGCGUCCACAUUUGCGAAUGGCGUGAUUGCUUCACAAAUGAUAUACUACUGGAACAAACCAGGAAAGAGUAAGAAAGUCAAUAUUGGAAAGACUUCAACAAAACCUAUCUCUGCACCCAAAAAGGGUAAAAGCAAAAAAAUCGACUAGAUGACGCAUAGUCGAAAUCACCAUUUGCGACGCUAGAUAUAUUGUAAAGAUAUUUUCUUGUUCAAAAGAAAAUUUUUCGUAUACUUGUGAGCUGUUCAUAAGUUAUAAUAUAAAAGGAUAAAUAAUCACUAACCCGAACAGAGUAGAAAAUUUUGUGAAUAAUUUAAAUGAAUGCGGUUUGCAAUAAAAUAAAUAAUAACAAACGAAA